AUGCCGAGUCAUCGCCCACGUAGAGCCGCGAAGCCUUCUGGUCAACAUCGCGGAGGAAAUCGCGGAGGAAAACGUGGCUUUGCGUUGCAGAAGCGUGAUGCCUUCAGGACUUCCCGACUAAGGGAGGCGGAAGUCAGUCCCGCGCCGAAUGGCCCAGAUAUUGGAGAUGAAUCGUCAGAAGGCGAACACGAUGACCAGUUGGAAAGCGAUCAAGAUAUCCAAUCCGCCAGCGAAGACGAGACUCCGUCGAAUUCCUACGCAACCCUCCUACAAUCGCUCAAUACGGUGAAAGAAGGCGGCGGGCCCGUCCGGAAAAAGCGCAAAAUUGCAGAUGGCGGCACUGCCCGGAAGCACGUCUCGGCCGCCGAAGGCUUGCCUACAGACGACCAGGAUCUAGAUGCUGAGGCUGAAGAGCAGAUAUCGGAAUUGAAUGAGGAUCCAGAAGCGGACGAAGAAUUAGAGGGUGGGCUUGCGGCAGAAGAUGACUCGGAAGAUGAUGACAGCCUACUCAGAGACCCAUUCGAGAAGCACUAUACUGCAUUGACGGAACAGGAGCUGAAGAACGUAGCCAAACAAGUGGACGGCAAAGAGUGGCAGACACAGGCCUCACCGUUGGAAACAGAUAUUCGCCGAACGAUCCUCUCCAGGAAAGGGGAGGCUACGACGAGCUCGACUGUGAAAUCAGCCAAAGACCUCUUUCUGAAACACAGGCUCCUCGAAAGUGGUUCGAGGUUGGUUGCGUCCUUGUCUUCCGAGGAGAAGGCUUUGGCUGGGUCUCUGUCCAACUACGUUGAUAUCCUGAGUGGGUGCAGAACCGUCAAAAAUGCCGGCAAGUUGCGGGACUUGACCUGCUUACAUGCUCUGAACCAUGUCUUCAAAACCAGAGACCGUGUGCUGAAGAAUAACGCCAAACUCAGCGCCCAAUCGGACGCGGAGACUCUCGAUGUUCGAGACCAGGGCUUCACACGACCCAAAGUCCUCAUUAUCGUUCCCACGAAGCAAGCCUGUGUUCGCUUCGUGGAAAGCAUCGUCAAGCUCAGCGAGCCUGAGCAGCAAGAGAACAAAGCACGUUUCGUGGACACGUUUUCCCUCGAAGACUCGGACGAGUGGCUGGACAAGCCGGAGGAUUUCCGAGAGUUGUUUGGCGGCAAUCACGACGAAGAUUUCCGGAUCGGCUUGAAGUUCACCAGAAAGACGAUCAAAUAUUUCUCGGGCUUUUACAACUCGGACAUCAUCUUUGGCUCGCCGCUCGGCCUGAUGCGCACCAUCACCACCGGCGGCGGCGGCAAGAAGGACAAGAAGAAAGCGCACGAUGCCGACUUCCUCUCGUCGAUCGAGGUCGUCAUCGUGGACCACGCCAACGCCUUGCAAAUGCAAAACUGGCAGCAUGUCGAGUAUGUCUUCUCCCAGCUCAACCUGCUGCCGAAAGACUCGCAUGGCUGUGACUUCUCGCGGGUGCGCCACUGGUACCUCGACGGCCAGGCCAAGUAUCUGCGCCAGACCGUUGUCUUCGCCGACUACCUGACGCCCGAGAUCAACGCGUUGGCCUCGUCACAUCUGCACAACAUGGCCGGCCGCGUCAAACUCGUGCCCACCUACCCCGGCGCCAUGCUUUCCGUUUCCUCCCUCCUGCCUUUCACGGUGCACCAGACAUUCCUACGGAUCCCGUCGCCCCAUCCGCUCCAAGACCCAGAUGCUCGGUUCAAGUUCUUCGCGACGACCGUUCUCCCUCCUCUGGUGCGCGAGUCCCGGCAUCAAAAGGGCAUCCUGCUCUUCGCGCCUUCGUACGCCGAUUUCGUCCGCCUGCGCAAUUACUUGUCCACGUCGCCCGACGCGACCAGCUUGUCGUACGGCUCGAUUUCCGAGUACACGCCCGUGCGGGACGUGAUGCGCGCCCGCUCGCAUUUCCUCUCGGCCCGCCAUGCGCUGCUGCUGUACUCGGAGCGCGCCCACCACCAUUUCCGCUACCGCCUCAAGGGCGUGAGGAAGAUUGUCUUCUACGGCGUCCCGGAGAACCCGCUCUUCUGGCCCGAGCUCAUUUCUCUGCUGGGCCUCGCGACCGCAAACGAUCCCACUACCACUCAAGCCGGCAAGCCUGCCGACGUCAACCUGAAGCGCGCUGUGAGAGCGCUGUUCUCCAAGUGGGAUGCCCUGAAGCUCGAGCGCAUCGUCGGCUCCGACAGGGUCGGUCGCUUACUCCACGAUCGCGCUGGCGAUACCUUUGAUUUUGUGUAG